AUGUAUUCGACAUUGGAUGUCGACAUAAGACCAGGCUCUGGUCUUGGAAUAUUUGAGAUAGGAAUCUCGCUGUGGACGCUACUGGACAGACUUCGAAGUCUUCCCCACAACUUCCCCCAAGUAGAAGUUAAAUAUGACCCAGAUGCAACUUCCACGACACCUAUCAUAGUUCAUAUUCGACCUCAUCUCGACCUCCUCUUCUCCGGGAAAGGUCAGCGUCUGCACACCAUCUGCGUCCGCAAGCUCCGGGACCCCAAUCCACCCGUGACACUGCGGUACAACAAUACCGUCAUCUCAUCUGUAAACGAUGUGUUGAGACGAGUGGUUGUGAGUAGAACGUUUGGCCCAACCUACCCCGGCGAUGAACUUCGGUAUCCUGGACUCUGGUUUAGCUUUGACGACGACACGAUUGGGGAUGCAGGGCCGAUCCAACCAGCGGCUGCACCAGCUGCAGUUGACAAGACUCAGGAAGUCAAGAGGGUUUUCAUAUCUCAGCCUGGGAAUGACGGGAAGGGAGAGGAUGCUUUGGAUGAAGUGAAGGAACUGCCCUCCAUGGCCGGUGAAAUACGUCGAGCAAUCCUUAAAGUGCACGAUGGCAUCGCCCUCCAUUUUUAUGGAGAAGGAUUUGAACCUCUACACAUCCGUAUUGGACAAACAACGGCGCAGGACCUGUCCCUCGACCUUGGUCCGCCUCUGAGAAUCCACUACAAAGAUGACGAACGUAUGACAAUUCAUCGUGCCACCAGCCCAGAGGGAGUGGAGGAAGGAGCUUACUUUUACAAUUACUUCCAGCAUGGCUUGGAUUUCCUGAUAUGCGGCAAUACACACAUUGUGAAGAAGAUCAUCGUUCACACAAAUUUACCUGGUUCUCCAUUGUUCCAGAGAUACAAGCGAUGCUGCUGGGAGCUGGAAGGACCUCCUGAAGACGACGAAGAUGACAGCCCACCCAGGAAGCCAUUCUACGAAAGGUUUGAAACCAUCAGCCACUUCCUGAGUCCUCGUGAGCCCCCAGGUCUGCCCAUGCAACUCGAUCGAACAGACGAAGACGAUGCGUUGACGCUGCAGAGCCCUGCAACCCGGUUGUAUGGCUAUGAUGGGAUAACCUUAGAGGUUACUGAAUCUUCACAGGUGGUGUCAGUGGUGUUAUUCUGA